AGCGUCAUGUUUUCCCUGGCAGCCGCCGUGUCGGAUUUCUACAUCCCCGCCUCGGAGAUGCCCGAGCACAAGAUCCAGUCCUCGGAGGGGCCUCUGCAGAUCACAAUGAAGAUGGUGCCAAAAAUGCUAUCUCCUCUCGUCAAAGAAUGGGCCCCGGAGGCUUUUGUUAUUUCCUUUAAACUGGAGACGGAUCCCUUGAUCUUAAUUGAUAAAUCCCGGCAGGCUCUGGAGAAAUACCGUCACCAGGUGGUGGUAGCGAAUAUCCUGGAGUCCCGGCGAACCUCUGUUAUUAUUGUAACCAAAGACUCACAGACUCCGUUAUCUCUUUCCGCUGAGGAAAUAGCGCAAGGCGUGGAAAUAGAGGAAAAGAUAGUGAGCUAUCUGCAGGGCCAACACACUGCAUUUAUAGAGAAGAAAGCCUGA